UAAUAUUUCGAUUGCAACAUUAAAAAACGAAAGAAAAAAAUAAAGACCACAAUUUUGACUUCUUACGCGAAAAAGUUGUUGAUGAAAAACUAGUUUCGAUAAUUUUGCUUAAGCCGCUUUACAUCGGAGUUUGCGCCUUUGAAUUACGACAACCUGUCGUCAGAUGUUGGCUUUGCGUCAAUGGUAAAGCUAUUUUAAUUUCGAAUUUCGGAUGACCCUGAUGUACUUUAUUAGGUAUACAGUACAUGUUAAUGUCACGAUUCAACAAUUCAAGAAUAAAAUAAUCAAUUUUUAGAAAGACUAGUAAUAAUUUCUAAGAUGAGUGCACCUCCAAAAUAUUAUGGGAAAAGAAGGAGUAUUGUUCGUAGGAUUGGUUCAAUGUUACCUUUGAAACCACCACCAAAGGUAUAUGUUAGUGUUACACCUUUACAUUCAAUGACAAGUUCUAUGAUUAAUGAAGAAACUAGCAGUGACCAUGUAGACACAAAUGGAUAUGGACCUGCAAGCAGACUUUCUAAUAUUAGACCAGAUUUAUUGGAACCAAUUAGUUUCGGGUCUGAAAUUAGAUUACUCGCAUUAGAGCAAGAACUUCAAGAACUUAGGGAACAAGUUUCUGCAAUAGUAAAAAAUAAUAAAGAAUCUCGAUAUACCUCCACUGCUUCUUUAGCAAAUGGAACGAAUAAUGAUAUACCACAGUUACAACAGCCGCUCCCAGAACCGCCACCACCUCCUCCGCUACCACCACCAACACCACAUAUUGCAAGAAGAGCAAGUUUGCAAGAUCAUAAAGUGGAUGAACGUAAAAAGUUUUCAUUUACAUCUCAAGCAUCCAUGACCGAUGUAUUGAAAGAUAUUGAUAAUGUCAAAUUAAGGCCAAUUGCUAAGUCUCCUGGAGGAGGGCCUCUUCGUAUAAAACGUGACAACAGUCCAUGUAACGAUUUACAAGAAAUACUUAGAAGACGUUAUGUUGCAAUGAGUUCAGCUGAUAGUAGGAAUUCUUCAGUAAAUUUAACAACGGAUGACUCUUUCAGAAGUGAUGCGUGAAUAAAUUCUGAAUGUUUUUCAAUGUGUAUUGUGCGAACAAAGGUGCCAUAUAAUGUUUUUGAGGCCAUUAACAAGAAGAUAAUAUAUCUAAUUGAUAAAUUCAGUUAUGACAUCAAAUUGUGGCAUGUAAGAUGUGAUAAACUGAUUAUGUAAGCUGUAGUACGAAUGUGGCGUAUAUCUACAAAAUCGUAAUUAUUAAUCGUGGUUUUAUAUCGCAAAUUAAUUUUCAAUAAGUAAUACUCACUUUUUUCAAAGAAUACUGCUAUUAAAACAUACAAACUAUAGAAGUAAUAUAUCGCAUAUUUGCACAGGCAGAAAUAUUGGGCUGUAAAUUGAUAAAACAUUCAAUUGGUUUUAUCAAAUGAAACAAAAUAUUUAUAACUUUUUUUAUUAUAAAAGCUUUAGCAUUUUAUUGAAAUUAUAAAAAAAAGACAUUGAAAUUACUAAUUUUAAUAGUUACAAUACUGAAAUUAAAGAGUCAAGUACUUGCGUUUAAAUUUUUAAUUAAAUCUACAAUUUGUUAUACUAUUAUUUUUAAGAUAUAUUUGACUACUAGAAAUACUCUUCUAAAGUUUUGUUAUGUUAUCAAAUGCAUAAUACAAAUACAUUAUAAUUAUAUUAUCAAGUUAGAAUAUUAAAAAAUUUUUGUAA